AUGGGGAACAGUGCCAACGUUGCGCACUCCUGCCAACAGAAGCCCAGACGUCAGACCCAACGCCACGAGCUAUACAAAAAGCUAUUCAAAGGCUCCCAUGAGAGUCCCGCUAAGGUGUCAGUUGCGACGUCCAAGAAAACUGUGCUCUCGUCAUCAGUCGCCCAGCUUAUCGGGCAAACUGAUUUAACUUCGGGGCGAAGACAAAUUUCAUGCCUUUCGUCCGAUCUAAAGACUGUACAGAGCAUUAUUGAAAGUAUCCAAGGGGCUGACCACCAUAUCACACCGGAGUUACAGCAGGCGAUCGUGACUGAAGCCUUGAAGAAGAAGAUCCGUCACCGAGAGCGCUGUCGUAUCAACCAGGCACGCUACCGACAGAGGCAGAUGCAAGUCGAAACUGGAAUUGAAGAUCAGAUCAAUAAACUGAAAGCGGAGAUCAAAGGCCUAGAAAGGAAGAGCACCGACACUGUUCUCCCUCCAUCAACUCCAACGAAUUGGCCGUUGGCAUCCGAGUUCUUUCGCUUGUUGAAUUACUACAUGUCGUCGCCCGGAACGCUGUACAAGAUGGCAUCCAAGUUUCUCAACGAUACGAUGGCCGCUGAUGGCAUUGAUGGUGCAACGUAUGGCCCUGAAGCCACCUCUGUAACCAUCACAGACAACACGCUUCGCCGCGCAUUCCCUCACCUUAACAGCGAUGGCGUCGGUGUGGAUAAAGGUGGGGUGUGGUCUCCCGUAGCUGCUAAAAUGCUGAAUAAGAAGAUCGUCAUGCAAGGGUCGGUAACGUUUGGCUGGGAUAGGGCCACAGAGAAAGUGACGAGCAUUUACGCGCAAGCAGACUUGGUGACACCACUGCUGAACCUGCUAGGUAGCUUAGAGGACGUGUCUUGUGCCUUCUACAAGGCACGAGUCACACCCGACUGUCGAUUUGUUAGAGGUUCUUGA